GGCAACACUCAACCAGCCUCAACUGUAAACGCCGGUGAUUGGGUACAAAGUAAUGUAGGUGGGACUCUGAGAUAGUUUCGGGCGCUCUGAUUGGCCUGGAUUGUGCAAUGGGCAAGAUCGAUGACGCGGCUUCUCCUCUGGCACGAAAGACGCCAUUUUGUUGUAACAGUGAAGAGGAACGCGAGAGAAAAACCGUGAAGCCGCUUCCAGAGGUUGUUUAAAAUAGUUAAACUACAAUGGGGAAUAUAUUUGGGAGCUUGUUUAAAGGCCUUUUUGGGAAAAAGGAGAUGAGAAUUCUGAUGGUGGGGUUGGACGCAGCUGGAAAAACAACAAUCCUUUACAAACUGAAAUUGGGAGAGAUUGUAACUACCAUCCCCACAAUAGGUUUUAAUGUAGAGACAGUAGAAUACAAGAACAUCAGCUUUACAGUGUGGGAUGUAGGCGGUCAAGAUAAAAUCCGACCUCUCUGGCGCCAUUACUUCCAGAACACACAAGGCUUAAUUUUCGUGGUUGACAGUAACGACAGGGAGCGAGUAAAUGAGGCGAGAGAGGAGUUGACGAGAAUGCUUGCAGAGGAUGAGCUGCGGGACGCUGUGUUGCUUGUUUUUGCAAACAAACAGGACUUGCCCAACGCCAUGAACGCUGCUGAGAUCACAGACAAGCUGGGGCUGCACGCCCUGCGCCAUCGGAACUGGUACAUCCAGGCCACCUGCGCCACCAGCGGGGAUGGCCUCUAUGAGGGGCUGGACUGGCUCUCCAACCAACUCAAAAAACAGAAAUGAUCCAUUCCAUUGGCCAUGUGAGGCGGCGGCAGCAUUAGUCCCGGCCCCUCCACCCACCUGGGGCUCUGACUGGCAGCCCUGCAUAUGUAUGUGUGUGUGUGUGAGUGUGUCUGCAUGUCUGUAUGUCUGUGAACUCGGAGUGGGAGCAGCCCUUGUGCACUGUGCCUUACACCUCCUGUGGAAACAGUAUUGCGGUUUUCUAAAGAACACUACCAGCCUUUUUGUCUCUAGCCAUGGGAAUUUUUUACUUAGGCAUUGAAAUUUACAGGGUAUACUGGCAGUCAGUCAAGAAUAGUGCAGGGCUUCUAGAUUUUAUUACAACAAACUGGGUGUCCUCUUUCUGGGAUGACUAGAAUUGAAAAGAGCUGAAGGAAUUUGUGUCUAGCAGUUCAUGAUUACCGGUUAAUAGAACAUUUCUAGUAGUUUCUUUUGUAAUUGUAGGAAUAGAAAAAGAAAACUGUCAUUCCAAGACUUCCUUGAUUUCAGUAGGGCUGCCUGCUGAACCUCUAGUCAUUUUCGUUUUCUAACUGGAAAAGUUACUUGCACAAAAAAAACUUGUAGAAGGAUGGUUGGACAUCCUCAGGUCUUUUUUGUAAACUAAUCUUAAAGCCCCUUUUUGAAGGUAUAGUCGCCUGACCUAUUGGACACUCUUGGUUCCAGAUGUUUCACUAGAUAUAAAUAUUUUGGUAUUUCUCCAUCUAUGGUCUGUUUUAUUGUAUUAAACACUAGAAUGCAGCAAUGAACUGUGCUUGAUGAUUCUUGAUCAUGCACGUUUGGAUUUAUUAAGGCAUAAAAACCUGGAAAUGCGGUUUGGCAAAGUGGGUUAUUUUGCAUUUUCAUAGUAUUUUCAGAAACUACUACCUUGAGUUUAUUUAUGUAAACUGCUGAGUACAGAUGGGGUUGUCAAUUAUAUGGUGAUGGGGACAGAGGAGUGGAUUGUAGUUUGAAAGAUAGAAAAGCAGUUAAAACGGGCCACUUAUUUGCUUCAUAUAUAUGUAUCUGAGUUUUGUGAUCACCUAAUAGAAUGUGUUAAGAGCAGUUACCAAGUUUGGGGGCUUUUAAGGUACAGCUCGCUGAAUUCUUGUUUCUGCACUGCCUGCCUAUUGGCCAGAGAUCCUAAAAAAUAGUAUUGGUGUAUAAAGGCCUGGGGUGGUAAGGCAUUUACAGAGAGCUGCUCCCACUCUCAUUUUUGUACAGAAUACCUGACUCUCAGAUGGGCGUGCUGCUGGGAAAACGGUGUACAGUUGCAUCUUAUUGCAAAUCUAACCCAUUUGUCUUGAUUUGGGGUGGGUUGAGAGGGGUGGGUAGGUUGGGCAGUUACUGGAAUGGGGUGGGGUUGUGAAACUAUGACCUAAAUUCAGUGUGUGUCUCUUGGAAGUGCACUGAAAGUCUGGUGUUGAGCCGCUGUAGCAGUAAAACAAACUCCAGUAGAAGAGACAAAGGAUGGCUUGCAAAAAGUAUUGUAUUAAAUGAAAUUGCAUACAGCAAAGAAUGUUGUGCUUCAAAGAAGACACCUGGAUAUGCUGUAUCAGGAAACCCCUCCGUUAACCUGUACGUCAAAACAAUGACUAAUGGUAUCGGCACAAAGAUCCUAUUUCCAUGUUGCCAUUUUGUAAUGUCCACAAAGGGGUUCUCCACUGUGAAAGUGUGCUACAGGAACAGACAUGCAUAGGGACAAAUAUGGGCAAAAUAUUAAGUUGUAGCUGCAAUGAGAGUAUACCUAAACACCAAAAAAUAAAUAAAGGUGCCGCCCAGGGCUGAAGGAUAUGUGGACAAAGGGGAUGAAUACUAGACAUGUUCACUCGUGAGAAUCUCAGACGAAUCUCAGACGUGUCCUUUUUAUAAGUAGAGAGGAUGUUACCUAUUCAUUAUCAAGGGCUCCUGUAAGGUGAAAGCAGCCCUGGAGUUGGCCUUCUGCAUGGUUAGUACUGGCAGGGACUAGAUAUAGUUUCAGCUGUAGACGUUCUGAAGCCCCAUGGAACCAAACAUGGCUACCAUAAAAAAACAAUCAUAACAUAUGUAUCGGCUGUACAGAGAGAAUAACUAGUACUCCUGCAGCGUACAAUACAGACUGAUCAUCUCUUCACAAAACACUCAUAAGUGUCAAUGGAUGGCAAGUAUGAUCUUCUGUGGCACAAAGAUGACCAUGGUUUGUUGAGUAUGAAACUGAUUCAGGCAUGUAGAGUCAAAUGCAUAGUCAUUAAUUGUGUCAUUUGACGGUGCCUCUAAUGUCAUGUAGCUAGAACCAUCCUGGUAUUGCAUUUGCAGAUCUGGAGCCAAGGUGAUGGAUUGUUGUGCCCACAUUGCCUCUGUUCUGUGGUAUUUAGGAUACCAAAGAUGUAUGUUAAACCCAGGCAUCUACACAUGAACACCAUGUCCUUGAUGCUGGAUGGGAUUCAAAGGACCAUCAAGAUCGUUAAGAAAUCUACCUGCUGGUUAUGAUAGUCAGUCUGUGUCUUCUCAGCUAAGCCCAUUAGUCAUCUUGGAAUGGGUCAGGUGGUAAGGUAGUGGCCGCUAUUUCCCUUCAUAGUACACAUGACACUACACGUGCAAAGUUUUAUUCAAUUCAGGUGUUGGCAAAAAUUGACCCUUCUUUCAAGCCAUUCUUUGCUGAAAGUCUUAUCUUGCUGAGCAGAGGUGAGGCAGGGGGGACGUAUCUUGGGCAAUAGAAAUAUAAUUUUCUAGUUCUCCAGAUUUUCAAUGUAAACCAUAUUGUAUAUCAGUGUUGUAACAAGUAACUGAAAUAUCUUGAAAAUGCAUCCACAUGCUUGUCACAACUUUUAAAUGUCCCUUCAUUUAAGAAGGACUUAUAACUUGUGUCCAUCAGAAACCAGUUGACCUCCAGAAAGACAAAAUACAAACUGUUUCCACUCUAGGUUGUAUAAAGACUAAAAACAUAUCCUCUGUAAGCAAGUGGAAUACUAGUACUGCAGUUCAUUUCCAAGAAUACCAACAUCCAACAGUGCGUGCAGGUACACAGCUCAGUAGAAAUAAAAUAGAAAUAACUACUGUCAAAGAUACUCUUGUUGCUUUUCUGGCCUGUUAGUAAAUAUUAAUUUUGUCUAACAUGAAAAUAUAGCCAUAGUGAAAGGAAUCCAAUGAUUUUUAACAAGUCAAGUUCUACGUACUUAAUCUAACACACACACAUUAUAUAUAUAUAUAUAUAUAUAUAUAUAUAUAUAUAUAUAUAUAUAUAUAUAUAAACACUAGGCAAUCAUUUCAAAUACCCUUGUUAAAAUGUGAAGCUUUAAGUUUGAAACCCCUUUCUGUAUAAAUUGACUCAUACAAAACAAGUGCGCAGAUGUGUUUUUUUUUUUUUCUCAAAACCUGAUCUGAUUCUGGGGUUUUUAACCAUGUUGUAACUUGUCUGAGAAAUGCACUAUAAUAAAGAGAUCUCUAUUCAA